GGCUGCGGAAGUUUGACGGCGCCAGAUGAGUGGAGGUUGCAGUGGCGCCCGAGACCCGGCAGAUAUCUACCCCCGACCCCCAGUAUCCGCGGCGUAGUCGGAGCCCAGGCAAACCUGGGUGUGAGAUCCUGGACAGGAGAAGGAACCUUUCUGACACACAAGCAUGGAUCUGGAAACCAAAGUGAAGAAGAUGGGCUUAGGUCAUGAGCAAGGAUUUGGAGCUCCUUGUUUAAAAUGCAAAGAAAAAUGUGAAGGAUUUGAACUGCACUUCUGGAGAAAAAUAUGUCGUAACUGCAAGUGCGGCCAAGAAGAGCAUGAUGUCCUAUUGAGCAAUGAAGAGGAUCGAAAAGUAGGGAAACUUUUUGAAGACACCAAGUAUACCACCCUGAUUGCAAAGCUAAAAUCAGAUGGAAUUCCCAUGUAUAAACGCAAUGUUAUGAUAUUGACCAAUCCAGUUGCUGCCAAGAAGAAUGUCUCCAUCAAUACAGUUACCUAUGAAUGGGCUCCUCCUGUCCAGAAUCAGGCAUUGGCCAGGCAGUACAUGCAGAUGCUGCCCAAGGAGAAACAGCCAGUGGCAGGCUCAGAGGGGGCGCAGUACCGGAAGAAGCAGCUGGCCAAGCAGCUCCCUGCCCAUGACCAGGACCCUUCAAAGUGCCACGAGUUGUCUCCCAAAGAAGUAAAGGAGAUGGAGCAGUUUGUGAAGAAAUACAAGAGUGAGGCUCUGGGAGUAGGAGAUGUCAAACUUCCCCGUGAGAUGGAUGCUCAAGGCUCCAACAGAAUGUACAUCCCUAGUGGAGACAGAAGCACCACAGCACCAGUGGGGACCAUGGAGGACAAAUCGGCUGAACACAAAAGAAUUCAGUAUUCCUGCUACUGCUGCAAACUGAGUAUGAAGGAAGGUGACCCAGCCAUCUAUGCUGAAAGGGCUGGCUAUGAUAAACUGUGGCACCCAGCUUGUUUCGUCUGCAGUACCUGCCUUGAACUCCUGGUCGACAUGAUUUAUUUCUGGAAGAAUGGGAAGCUAUACUGUGGCAGACAUUACUGUGACAGUGAGAAACCCCGAUGUGCUGGCUGUGAUGAGCUGAUAUUCAACAAUGAGUAUACUCAGGCAGAAAACCAAAAUUGGCAUCUAAAACACUUCUGCUGCUUUGACUGUGACAACAUCCUAGCUGGGGAAAUAUAUGUGAUGGUCAAUGACAAGCCCGUGUGCAAGCCCUGUUAUGUGAAGAAUCAUGCUGUGGUAUGUCAAGGAUGCCAUAAUGCCAUUGAUCCUGAAGUACAACGAGUGACCUACAACAAUUUCAGCUGGCAUGCAUCCACAGAGUGCUUCCUGUGUUCCUGCUGCAGCAAGUGUCUCAUUGGGCAGAAGUUCAUGCCAGUAGAAGGCAUGGUUUUCUGUUCAGUGGAGUGUAAGAAAAUGAUGUGUUAAGAGGAGAGCACCAAGCAGUAUUGAGCCAUAGCUAUCCAAAGUGGUCUGCAUUUCUACUGUAAAAUGCAAUUUGGAAAAAUAAAUGGAAAAAAAGAAACUAUGAAGGAUACUAGAAGAUUUUGUUAAAUAUCUUUCUUUGCUGUAUUUCCCAUACCAUUUUUUUUCAUCUCACAAUUUAAAACCUGUUUUAAGCAUUUGAUUUUAAAAUAUAAAGAAUGUUAUCUUUCUUUACCUUUUCGGAUGUAAAAUCACUGAGUUGGAAGCUUGAGUUUAAUUAAUCUUUUUAUCCCUAUCCCCCAUGUGCCAAAAAGUAUAUAUGAAACAAAAGUUAAUAUGAUGAAUGGAGAGAUGAGCAUUUCUAGUUCUAUAUUCUUGUUUCCCUUUAGUGUAAAAUGAAGAAGAAAUGAAACUUGCCCUAAUGCCAAAGCUACAUUUAUUGCUUCAUCAUAUUCACUGAGCUUUGUAGUAAUACACAGUAAAUUCUUUUGACAGAGGAAAUAGAAAUGCAGCAUAAGAUAGAGAGAUGCAUUUGCUAUUUCCUAAUUUAGGUAGAGGUGGCUUUAUUGCAUUUCCCUUUUUAAAAAAUAAAUUUUUCCUACCUCUCAGUAUUCUCUUUGUAAGCUGGUGACCUUCAUAUGUGACCUUGAAUAUUUUAUUGUCACAUGUGGCAUCCACACUUUAUUUCUAUAGAUGAUUUUUGGCAUGGACUUAAAAAUUACUCAUUUAUAUUAUGUUUUCAAUCCAAAGAACACAUAUACUUUGUGUACCCAAGAAACUAUAAUUUGUACUGAUUGCAAUUGCCUGCUGUGAUUUGGGUAUAUUUCUUUUGCAUAGUUUUUUUUCUUUUCUAAUAGAUAUUGCCCUAUGACCCUUCUAAAGCCUGUUCAUGGGUAUAUCGAAUGUCUUCUUCACCCAUAUACUUCCAUCCUUAAGUAUUCCUAAUGUUUAUUUUUCCCUGUAUAGUUACAUACACA